AUGGCGUCCUUCGCCCUUCCAAUCUUGAUUCUUCUUGGCGGUAUGAUUUUCAAAUUCCACUCGGUAAUGGCUAUUCAUUUCAAUCAAGGACUGGAGUUUAGUCCUUUGAAAUCUCCGAUUGAGUUGCCGGUUGACAAUAAUUCUUCUACUCCACCACCACCUCCACCAUCGCCUCCACCGCCUUUAACUCCAUCGCCUCCACUGGAUUCACCGCCUUUAACUCCAGCACCUCCACCUACAUCGCCUCCAUACCCACCACCUCCAUCUCCAUCUCCACCGUCGCCUUCUCCGUCUUCACCUCCACAUCCACCUACACCUAGACCUAGACCUAGACCUAGACCUAGACCUAGACCUACACCUCCACUUGCACUUGCACCUGCACCAUCACCACCACCACCACCACCUCUAUUACCGACAUCGCCUCCAUAUCAACCACCUCUAUCUCUAUCUCCAUCUCCAACGCCUCCUUCUUCUUUACCAUCUCUACUUUCACAUUCACAGAGUCCGCCUCCACCUCCACCGCCUGCUUCCCCGGUUAGAGCACUAUUCGUUAUUGGCGACUCUUCUGUUGAUUGUGGAACCAACAAUUUCUUGGGAACUUUUGCACGUGCAGAUCGUCUUCCGUAUGGACGUGAUUUUGAUACACACCAACCCACCGGACGAUUCUGCAACGGAAGAAUCCCUGUUGAUUAUCUUGCACUGCGUAUGGGGCUUCCCUUUAUACCAAGCUAUCUAGGUCAGACGGGCUCUGUCGAAGAUAUGAUACACGGUGUCAAUUAUGCGUCUGCUGGUGCAGGGAUCAUCUUCUCUAGUGGAUCAGAAUUGGGUCAACGCAUAUCCUUUAGCCAGCAAAUUCAACAGGUUAUAGACACCUUUCAACAGUUCAUAAUAGGAAUGGGGGAGGAAGGAGCUGCUAGCCUCGUCUCAAACUCGGUGAUCUAUAUGUCAAUUGGGACUAAUGAUUACAUACAUUACUUUCUUCCUAAUGUAUCUGGCGUACAAUCUAAGUAUGUAUCAUGGAAAUUUAACCAGUUCUUAGCCUACACAAUGAAGCAGGAGAUAAGGAAUUUGUACAAUGCUAAUGUGAGGAGAGUGGUGGUGAUGGGGUUGGCUCCUAUCGGUUGCGCCCCUUACUACCUGUGGCAAUAUGAUAGUGAUAAUGGAGCCUGUAUCAAGAUGAUAAAUAAUAUGAUAUUAGAAUUCAACUUUGUUAUGAGAUUUACCGUUAAGGAGCUUCGUAAAGAACUCACUGAUGCCAACAUAAUCUUUUGUGAUGCUUUUCAAGGUUCGAUGGACAUCAUAAAGAACUUUGACCAAUAUGGAUUUAGUGUGACAACUUCAGCUUGCUGUGGUUUGGGGCGAUAUAACGGUUGGAUGAUGUGCAUUUCACCUGGAAUGGCUUGCGAUAAUGCUUCUAAUCAUCUAUGGUGGGAUCAGUUUCAUCCAACGGCUGCGGUGAAUGAGAUUCUGGCCGAUAAUGUGUGGUCUGGAUUGCACACAACAAUGUGUUAUCCUAUGAACAUGAAGGACAUGGUGGCUCAGAUCAGAUGA